CUCACUCAGGUUGCUUUGGACUUUCCCUCCCUCCGCCAUACAGUAAGACUGAUUUCCUUUUUGCCUGAACAACUUCAGGAAGAUCAGCGUCUCCAAUCUGCAGUCAAUUCAACUUUCUGACGGUGUUUCCACAGCCAUGCCGUCAGUAAACCGACUGUAUGUGUUUCUUUUGUUUACCGUGGCUUCGACCAUCGCCUCUGCUGACAAGAUGACAGCAGCCACGGUGUACUGGGACCCCGAACACAAGCUGGUCCUGCUGAAGGAGGGGGUGCUGGAGACCGGGGGGGGUGCGUACGGGUAUCUGAAUGACACCCUGUCCACCUCAGGCUGGAGCAUCCUGGAGAUCCGUGCCGGGUACGGGAAGACCCCUGAAACCGAUGAGGUGACCUUCUUCCUGGCCGGCUACCUGGAGGGCUACCUGACGGCCCAGCAGAUGAUGGACCACUACACCAACAUGUAUCCGCAGCUGAUCCACGACCCAAAGAUCCUCGAGCCAGUUCAGAGUUUCAUGUCGAAGCAGGACUCGUGGACCAGAGAGCAGGUGAAACUGAACAAGAGCUCUGAUCCUCUGUGGAGACACGCCGGCUUCAUCGUGGCUCAGAUGGAUGGACUGCAAGCAGGAGUCGCAGAAUGGGCCAAGAAACAAGGGAAAAAGCCGCUGUCCCUGUUUGCGAUCCAGUUCCUGAAUGCGGUGGGGGACCUCCUGGAUCUGAUCCCAGCUCUGCACCGCUCCUCCAACCCUCCGCUCAGAAACUACAAACUCCCAGGGAUGGGACACUGCUCUGCUCUCAUCAAGAUGUUGCCUGGCUUUGAGAAUCUCCUGUUUGCCCACUCCAGCUGGUACACUUACGCUGCCACAAUGCGGAUCUACAAACACUGGGAUUUCCACAUCACUGAGCCCCACACAGCCACUGGGAAACUGUCCUUCAGCAGCUACCCUGGUUUCCUUGUGUCUCUCGAUGACUUCUACCUCCUGGGCAGUGGUCUGAUGAUGACCCAGACCACCAACAAUGUCUUUAACUCCUCCCUGUUUGACUCGAUCACUCCUAACAGCCUGUUUGCAUGGCAGAGGGUCAGGCUGGCUCACAGUUUGGCACAUACCGGAGAGGAGUGGGCCAAAACCUUCUCCAUGUACAACUCUGGUACCUACAACAACCAGUACAUGGUGUUGGACAGGAGCAAGGUGAAGCUGGGCCACAGUGUUGAAGACGGAGCUCUGACGGUGGUGGAGCAGAUCCCCGGGCUGGUGGAGUAUUCUGACCAAUCACAGGCUUUGCGCAGAGGUUACUGGCCCUCCUACAACGUUCCUUUCCACCAGAAGAUCUACAAGAUGAGUGGGUAUGGAGAGAUGUGGGAGGAGUACGGAGAAGACUUCUCGUACGAUCUCUGUCCAAGAGCCAAGAUCUUCCGCCGUGACCAGGCUGAUGUUAAAGACAUGGACUCCUUGAAGCACAUCAUGAGGUCUAAUGACUACAAGAAGGAUCCAUACUCUAAGGGGGAUCCAUGCAAGACCAUCUGCUGCCGUGGCGACCUGAGGGCAGACAAACCUUCACCAGGAGGAUGCUACGACACUAAGGUGACAGAUUUCCACAUGGCUGGAGAGUUUGCUGCGGAGGCGGUGAACGGGCCGACGACACAGGACGGACUCCCGCCGUUUGAAUGGGAUAAAUUCAGCAGCAUGAGCCACCAGGGUCUGCCGCAGUUCUACAACUUCACCUUCGUCAGGAUGCGGCCUCUUAUCUUCAAGCCAUGAUGUGUGUGUGUGUGUGUGUGUGUGUGUGUGUGUGUGUGUGUGUGUGUGAGAUUGAAUUGCAGUCUGUCUGAUGCUUUCAGAGUAAUUCAUUGUGAGAGUCAGAAUUGCGUCCGGCAGACAAAUGCUUUCUUUAUAAGGAUUUGCAUUUUCUUAGUAACAGUCAUUUCCUUCCAACUGAUGAAAUCUCAAACUUCACACCAGAUUUAUAAUCAGUAUUUAUAUUAUUUUGGUACCUGCAGCCAUUUGUGCCUUAACCACUGUGAGUUACUUGAUUGAUUUUAUAAAUGGCUAAAUCAAUGCACUAAAUCAGUGGUUAUCUGUAACCCUUUUUUGAAAUGCUUAAAUGUCUGUUAUGUGCCAACACUAUCGUUACUAUGGUAAAUGAAUCACUCGAUGUAAUCCUCAGGGCUGGUGAUCUGCUCUAGUGCUGUGAUUUAUGAGCAGUUUUUCGUGUGCAAAAUGAAAAUCCUCAGGUUUCUCUUUUUGAUUUUGAUGUGUAACACUGCAAAUCUGUUUCAUGCCAACAUUUGAUGUGCUAAUUGUUUAUUAAAGUUUUACAGCACA